GUGCAAGUGUAAUGGAAUAGAUAUCCGAGCCCCCCAAAUAAAAUAAAAAAGCCUCCAUUUCACAAGUAGACUACUGCUUCUUUUCUUUUUUUUUUUUUUUUUGUUUUGCUUUUGCUUCAGCCUCUUCCUCGAUUUGAUCGUCCCUUUAUUUCUUUCUCUCACUCUACCGUAACUACAACCCUUUCUCUUUCUCCCUCAUUUCUUUGCCAGUAAUGGCAGUGCAUCAGUGGCAGUGCAAGAAAAGAGGGAGAGAGUUUUCAUCGGGAAGGUAAAGCUUUACCUCAAACCUUACAACACAUCUCAUGAACCACCGCCUCUUCUUCUAUUUCUGAUUACCCCGCGUGCGCAGAGCUCUGCUAUUCUCACACUCUUUCUCAAUUCUGCUCCUCGCUAAACUGAAUCCACAGAGAGAAAAAACCACAAAACAAAAAGAGAAGAAAUUUUUGCAUCUGUUGUAUCUUCUUUAUGGAGGGAGAGCUUAAAUGCUUUUUAAAACCAGAAAGAUAAACACUCAUUUCCCAAAGGAAAUCUGAGCAGUCUUUUGCAGACCAGCCAAGAGAGUAAAAAUCCUACAAACUUAACAAAACUGACUCCACUUCUUACUACCACCUACUAUCACUAUUUAGGAUUUCCUGUAAAAAGGCUGUUUGUUGUAGCAUAAAUCUCGGGAGAGCACUGCUGAUACAUUACCAACAAUCUUUUUGAGCAAAAAGAUUGCGUAGGAGAGAGAAAUACGAAAUAUUUAUAAAGAUGGGUAAUUAAAUUUAGUACUUCUACGAUAUAGCUAAGCACGAGUGAACAACUAGGAAAGGAUAAGACAGUAGUGAGUUAGUGAGUGUUGUUGAGAGAGAGAGAGAGAGAGAGAAAAGAGUUGGAUAAUGGAAGGUGGUUCCAAUAGCACUUCUUGUAUGAUGGCUUUUGGAGACAACAGUAAUGGACUAUGUCCUAUGAUGAUGAUGAUGCCUCUCAUGACUUCUUCUCAUCAGCAUCAUCAUCAUCAUCAUCAUCCUAAUGCAGACUUAUCAUCAAACACCCUAUUCCUUCCUCUCCCUCCCACCAACAAUCAAGACCAGAAUCGCAAUAGUAGUAGUGGCUCUUCUAUGAUUCUUGACGAUCAUAACCCCAACACCAACACCGGCUGUUAUUUCAUGGACAACAACGAUGCCGCCGCUGCUUCUGUCAAGGCUAAAAUCAUGGCUCAUCCUCACUACCAUCGUCUCUUGGCUGCCUAUAUCAACUGCCAAAAGGUUGGAGCUCCACCAGAAGUAGUAACUAGAUUAGAAGAAGCUUGUGCAUCUGCAGCAACAAUGGGGCAAGCUGGAACGAGCUGUAUAGGUGAAGAUCCAGCACUUGACCAGUUCAUGGAGGCGUACUGCGAGAUGCUGACUAAGUAUGAGCAAGAGCUUUCUAAGCCCUUCAAAGAAGCCAUGCUUUUCCUACAGAGAGUGGAGUGCCAAUUCAAAGCCCUGACUGUUGCUUCUCCAAAUUCUGCUCUGGGUGAGGCCAGUGAUAGGAAUGGAUCUUCUGAAGAGGAGGUUGAUGUUAACAAUAACUUCAUAGAUCCCCAGGCAGAAGAUCAGGAACUGAAAGGUCAGCUACUUCGCAGGUACAGUGGUUAUUUAGGCAGUCUCAAGCAGGAGUUUAUGAAGAAGAGGAAGAAGGGAAAGCUACCCAAAGAAGCUAGGCAACAGUUGCUGGAUUGGUGGAGCAGACAUUACAAAUGGCCUUAUCCAUCGGAGUCACAGAAGCUGGCCCUUGCAGAAUCUACUGGUUUGGAUCAGAAGCAAAUAAAUAACUGGUUCAUUAACCAAAGAAAACGGCAUUGGAAACCAUCGGAGGAUAUGCAGUUCGUGGUGAUGGAUGCUACCCAUCCUCACUAUUAUAUGGAUAAUGUUCUUGGAAAUCCUUUCCCAAUGGAUAUCUCUCCCGCACUGCUUUGAGGAUGAUAGUAUAUAUACAUAUGUAAUGGGAUCCUAAUUGUGGGAAUGCAAUUAAAGUGUAUUUAUAAUUUACACUUGUUUGACUUGGUGUUAUGCUAUGUACUUGUAUGUGUCUGAAGAUUAUCAACUGUAACUGAAUUUAAGCUAA